AUGCCAUCACCACCGCCGCCACCUGAUCUGGACGCGGCAGGGCGGCAGCAGCAGCAGAAGCUGAGGCUGGAGCACCACGGAUGCCAGAGACGCUUCAAGAGCGCGCUGCUGCACGGAACCGGCGCUGUAACGAAUGGGCUUAUACCGAGAAACGGCGGCGCUGCUGGCGCUGGUGCUGGUGGUGGUGGUGGGAGUGGUUAUGUGGGGAGUGGGGAGAGCGAUGCAAUCGCGAUUGUGCUCCAGUUGCUUGUUGACCCUCUCAAGAGUAUCCAAAGCGGGAGAGGCAGCAGUGACGACUGGCGGCUAGUUCAGAUGAUAGUCACUCUGGUUCGGAACCUCCUUGCCAUCCCCGACCCUCCGCCGGACGUAUCCUCAGCCUCGGCAUGGGCGCACCUGUGCUUCCUUCAGGACGAUCUGAUUCGCUCUCUCUUCCGCAGUGGCUUCCCAGACGUCCUCCUUUUCCUCAUCUCCUGCCUCGAAUCCCCCGAAACCGCCCCAGCUCUUCGCCACGACAACCUUUUAUUCCUCGAGAUUCUUAAUCUCCUAUUCCGCGAAAUACCUCCUAAGGACGCGGCUGUAGCGGCGUUCAGGGCUGCCGGGGAGACUGAUGCCGAGGCUGACGCGCGGGAGGACCGGGAGGCUGCCGAACGUCUGGCGGAGGCUCGGCGGCGGGAGAAGGAGCGGGCGGCUCGGAAGGCGCUGGCCCAGAAGAUUACGCAGCGGCACUCCCGGAAAGCCGAUGCUGACGUGGAUGCUGCCCUGGGAUUGGUCGGUGGAGCACGGGCCAAUAGGAGGAGCUCCAGGUGGACGGCGAGGCGCCUCGGGGUGUUUGCGGACCGGCUGCUGGCUUCGGGAUGCUACAAUGUGCUCAUGGAGACGGUGCGUCGUGAUGUAGCCACCUGGCGGGCGGGGCUAGAGCCCUCGGACACGCUCGCAUUCUUCCUCGUGGCUUCCUUCUUCAUUUCUUUCCAACGCGAGAUGCACGGGCUAAGGGGCUGGGGGGGAGGGGGGACAGGCAGCGGGAAGGUGGAGAAUGGGGAGGCUGCAGCACAAGGGGCGCCAGGGGGAGUGGCAAGGGGAGCAGGAGAGGCAGCAGGGGCAAGAGAGGCGGAACCAGAGGGAGAAAAGGGAGAAGGUGGAGAAGGAGAAUCAGGAGAAGAAAAGGGAAAACAGGAGGCAAAUACAGGAUCAGAGGAAGCUUCUGGGAAGAUGGAGCAGAGGGCAGUGUGUGGGUGUGGGCCUAUAGCGGCCACAAUGGAUGACGACAUGUUCACUCUUGUUUCUGCCCGCUGGGCAGAAUAUGCUGCCCGGGCCAAUCACGAGCGCGCAGCGCUGGUGGCGGCGGGCAGCCUGCUGAAAGAAAUGAUUCACAUGCUCGAUGCCAUAAUCAAGUCUGGGGAGAAUCCCACCCCCGCAGCAACAGGCUCGGCCGAGCCUCACCACGAGGUUCGGCACGAAGUCCGGUGGGAGGUUCGGCGGGAGGUUCGGCUGGCGCGGGCCAUGCUUCUGCGCCUAUUCUAUGACGAUUCGAGUGACGGCGUGGUGCAUGUGCUACAGAGGGUGCUGAAGGGGUUCAACCCGCACACUCAGCCGCGCUGCUUGCUGGUGGAUGCUGUUGAAACCACCCACGUGUGCCUGAGACUGCUCGAAUAUCUCGUUCAAACGGAAGGGGCGCUUAAGGUAGGCUUUCAGUCAGUCACACACACGGUUAGGAACGCAGAUGCUUCCCGUGAUAAGGGUGCGAACCAAGGUGGAGAGAAGAUGGCACAGGGGGAGACAGGUGGGGAGGGGGAGGCGGAGGGGCAAGGAGGGGAGGACGCAGAGCAUGAGCAGGGAAGCGAUAACAUAAUUGGAGAAAGGGGAGGAGGGAAGGAAGGGCAGGAGGGGGUGAUAGGACAGGGGGAAGGUGAUGGUGGUGGUAGCCCUGCUGCUGCUGUUGAUGCUGCUCCUGCUCCUGCUGCUCCUGCUGCUGCUGCUGCUGCUGGUGAUGCUGAAGAUAAUGAAGAGGAAGAGGCAGCAGCAGACGGAGGAGGUCCAGAAGAUUCCGAACCAGGCUCGGACCUAGCCUCAGACGCAGGCUCGGACAUAGGCUCGGAUGCCGAGCCUGGGGACGGCAUAGAGGAGGCGGAGGAGGAGGGUCGGCGCGGAAGGGAGGAGGUUCGGGAGUAUGAACUAGACGUGAAGCGGACUAUAAGGGGGUUUGCUGACGCGCACGCGGUUAAGAGUUGCGUGUGGCUGCUGGAAACGGCCAAUAGCAACGCGCCACGUGUCAACCACUAUGUGCUGUCGCUGCUCAGGAGGUUCACUGUGGGGUGCGAUGCCGAGGCCAUGCUGUUCCAGCCUGCUUCCUUCCACACGCCUUCCACUUCCCCUCAUUUUCUCCCUCUCCCCCUUACCUCUCCCCACCCCAUCAGCCACAAGUCAAGGCGAGAUAUGCCAUCGCUGAUAGCAAAGGCCCUAAUCGAACAAGACCCCAGCCUGCUUUCCACCAUGGGCCGUAGGAAACCAGGGAAGGACGGGGAACCGGGGGAAGGCGGGGAAGAGGGGGAAGAGGAGGAAGGGGAGGAGAGGGAGGAAGGGGGGGAAAGGGAGGAAGGGGGGGAAGUUGGAGAGGAGGGUGGGGCUGGGGAAAAGGAGGGUGGUUCUCGAAAAGGGGACUCUACAAGAGCACUUGCGGCGAAGGUCAGCCGGUUUUUGCGGGCGCAGGGGCUGAAGAGAAGCAAGGCGGCAGCAGCUGAUGCUGAUGCUGGUGUUGCUGGUGGUGGUGGGGGUGGUGAUGGUGGGGGUGGUGAUGGCGACGGUGGUGGUGUGGCAGGGGAUGGAAAGUCAAGUGGUGGGAAAGCAAAGGCUGGGAAAGACAAGUCUGGGAAGGCAAUGCGGGGAGAGGAGCUUACAGGAGAAGAGGGAGGGAAAGGCGCGGGGCUGAUAACGGGGUUGAAGGCAAAAGGGGCAAGGAACACGCGGAGGCGCAGCAGUCUCGCAUUCACAGAUGAGGAUGAUGCAACGAUCAGGAGUCUAUACUGUGAUGCUACAGGGGUUCAGGUGGGGAACGGCAACAGCAGCAACAGCAGCAGCAGGAGGAGUACGGGCAGGAGAGGCAAGGGUGCAGUUGCGAAAGAGGUUGCUAAGGGCAUGGGAGGGAAGUUUUCGGUUGCCCGGGUUGCGCAGAGGAUUCAGUUUCUUGGGCUGCCCGAGGACGGAACGGGCAGGAAGAGGAGUGAGAGGAGGAGGCGAGGGAGUCGGAGUGGGUUUGAGGAGAUUUUAAAAGAUGUGGGUGAGGGAGAGGAGGGAGAGGAAGGAGAGGAGGGAGAGGAGAGGGAGGAGGGGGAGGAGGAGGAGGAGGGAAAGAAGGAAGACAGAGAGUCAGGGGACGAGGAAGAGGUAGGAGGAGGGGAGGAAGCAGUGGGAGGUGAGGAAGGAGAGGAGGGUCUCGGGGAGGAUGAAAGGGAGGAGGCGGAGAGUAGUGAGGAUGAGGAAAACGUGCUGCUGAGCAGGAGACAGAGGGUGCUGGCUGCUGCUGCUAAAGUGAGGCGAGGGCAAAGGAGUGACAGGAGGCAGAGGGGAGGAGGAGCAGCAAGAGGAGGAGACGUGCAUAGGGAGCAGGAGGCAACAGGCAGUGAUGCUGCUGGUGGGGAAGGUGCAAUGGAUGAAGAGAGAAACAACAGGGCAAUUGUUGCUGCAAACAACACUGCUAGCGGUGCUGCUGCUGCUGAAGGGGCUAUUAUUGAAAGUGCUAUUAAUGGAAGUGCUCUAAUUGGGGGCGCUGCAACCGGAAGUGUUGCUGUGGGAGUGGAAGAGAGGGUGGAGUUGAAGGAGGAGGCAGUGAGGGAGGGCGUUCAGGCAGUGCUUGCUGACGGUAAUCACCUCUCUCACCUCGCUCCUUCCGUUGCUUUCUUAUCUCAUCCAGAUGAAGCGGACGGUUGCUGGAGAGUCCCUGGGGACAGGGGCACGCAGUGGUUGCUGCAUGCUGUGAGCAUGCUCGCACGGAUGAUGGCAGGGGGAAGCUCGUGCGUGGAUGGUGGAGGGAAGCUGGAUAUGGUUGUUGUAGAGGCGAGAGAGGGAGGAGUGGAGGGGAGAGAGGGAGGGGAGGAGGGACAGGAAGUAAGCGAAAGAGAGAAAGGAGGAGAGGAGAAAGAUGGAGGAGGGGAGGAGCGAGAGGAAGGGGAGGGCAGAGAGGGAGGCAGGGAGGAGAGAGAUGGAGGAGGUGAGGCGAGAGAGGGAGGAGGGGAGGAGAGAGAGGGAGAAGAGGCAGUUAUUAAGGCAUGUUUGGGUCCCAGACACAAGAAGCGGAGAGGGGCAGUGGAGACAGGCGCGGCAGGCCAGGGGCAACAACCGUGGUUGAAUGCCCAUGGGGGAAGUGAGGAAGAGCAGGAUGAGUGUGGAGAAGGGGCAACAGAGAGAGAGAGGGACGAGUCUGGAGGGGAGGAAGAGAGACGGCAGGGGAGGAUGGGGGAUGGGGAAUUCGGCGAGUAUGAGGGGGAGGGGAUUUUGUUGACAGCUCGAAUGACAGACAUGGGGAGAAGAGAUGACCGAGGUGGGGAAAGACUUGAAGUGGAUGCGAACAGAGAGACUCGUGUUAUCUCUGACAAAGGUGUUUCGAGUGGAGGAGAGGUGAGGCCCUUGAUGCCUGCAGUGACUUUUGAGGCGCCUCAAAAGGAUGCGAGUAGAGAGACUCAUGCUAUCUCUGAAUCUGAAGGUGGUGUUUCGAGUGGAGGAGAGGUGCGGCCCUUGAUGCCUCCAGUGCUCGGUGCCCGAUCCAAACGACCUGCUUCUUUCACAGGUGGAGGCUUGGACCGAGCCAAGAAGCUGAGGUUUGAUGGUUCGGAAGCGGAGGUGGCUGGGGAGAAUCACUAA